UUCAAAUCAGAUCUGCCUUUGAGGACCUACCUGGGUGGCCGCCAACCAGUCCUUGCCCCAGGAUGGGGACCAGGUCCAGAGCAGCCUUGGUCUUGGCCUGUUUGGCUGUUGCUUCUGUAGCCUCUGAGGAAGGCUUUAAGGCUCCAGGGCAGAAGGAGCUGGGGCCAGAGCACCUCACCCACCACCUCCAAGAAGUUGGCUAUGCUGCACCCCCUUCCCCACCCCUGUCCAGAGCCCUCCCCCAGGAUCACCCUGACACCUCUCAGCAUAGCCCUCACUUUGAGGGGCAGAGUGAAGUGCGGCCCUCUCGCUCUCAGGAAGCCAUCCCUGUCCAGGAGGAGGAGCAGCCCCCUCCACUCCCUGUGGGAAAGAAAGGGGAUCCCCCUCUUCCUCAGGAAGCCAUCCCCCUCCAAGAAGAGCUGCCCCCUCCCCAGCUCCCUACGGAGCAGAAGGAAGUCAGUCAUUCUGAAGACAAGUCAGCCGCCUUCAUGAAUCACAAGCCCCCAGAGCCUGAGUCCUGGAAUCCAGCCCUGCACUGCCAACAGGGCCGAUCCCGCGGGGGCUGGGGCCACCGGCUGGAUGGCUUCCCCCCCGGUCGGCCUUCUCCAGACAACCUGGACCAGAUCUGCCUUCCUAAUCGUCAGCAUGUGGUGUACGGCCCUUGGAACCUGCCCCAGACUGGCUUCUCCCACCUUAGUCGCCAGGGUGAGACCCUCAAUCUCCUGGAGACUGGAUAUUCCCGCUGCUGCCGCUGUCACAGCCACACAAACCGCUUGGACUGUGCAAAACUCGUGUGGGAGGACGCGAUGACCCGGUUCUGUGAGGCCGAGUUCUCGGUCAAGACCCGAGCCCACUGGUGCUGCAAACAGCAGGGGGAGGCUCGAUUCUCCUGCUUCCAGGAGGAAGCUCCCCGGCCACACUAUCAGCUCCGGGCCUGCCCCAGCCGCCAGCCUGGUAUUUCCUCGGGCCCUGAGCUGCCUUUUCCCCCGGGGCUUCCCACACUGGACAAUAUCAAGAACAUCUGCCACCUAAGACGCUUCCGCUCUGUGCCGCGCAACCUCCCAGCUACUGACCCCAUCCAAAGGCAGCUGCAGGCUCUGACCCGCCUGGAGGGGGAGUUCCAGCGCUGCUGCCGGCAGGGGAACAACCACACCUGUACAUGGAAGGCUUGGGAGGAUACCCUUGAUGGAUACUGUGAUUGGGAACAGGCUAUAAAGACCCACCACCACUCGUGUUGCCACUACCCUCCUAGCCCUGCCCGCGAUGAGUGCUUUGCCCGUCGGGCUCCUUAUCCCAACUAUGACCGGGACAUCUUGACCCUUGACCUCAGCCGAGUCACCCCCAACCUCAUGAGCCAUCUCUGUGGAAAUCAAAGGGUUCUCACCAAGCAUAAGCAGAUUCCUGGGCUGAUCCGGAACAUGACUGCCCACUGCUGUGAACUGCCAUUUCCAGAGCAGGCCUGCUGUGCCGAGGAGGAAAAAUCAGCCUUCAUCGAUGACCUGUGUGGCCCCCGACGUAACUUCUGGCGAGACUCUGCCCUCUGCUGUAAACUGAGUCCUGGGGAUGAACAGAUCAACUGCUUCAACACUAAUUAUCUGAGGAAUGUGGCUCUAGUGGCUGGAGACACUGGGGAUGCCAAGGGCCAGGGGGAGCAGGACCCAACUCAGGGAACAAAUUUCAGCCCCACCCAUGAGCCCAAGGAAGAGUGA